UGUGCAAUUUGAACAUUCUGGUCUCUCCGAGCAACCAGUACGAAAGUUCAUUUAUCUGUCUCUGGGCAUAAAAAAAAUAAGGAAACCUUAGAUCUAGUAUCCUCGUUCAAGUAUUGUUCAACCAGUGCCUAAGCAUCGGUUACUGCGGGCUUCCCACCAUGUUCCGCUCUAAUUAUUAUGAGGAUGAUCCCAUGGACGGCGUCUUCAGCUCCUCCAUGCUCCGCCAUGGAGGUGCAACCCGCCGUUUCGAUGAGUACUACCGCUGUUACCCCGUCGCCAUGAUGCCUGGUCCCGAGAGAGAAAACGUCAACCACGGCGGUAAAGUCAUCAUGCCACCGAGUGCUUUGGACAAGUUGACUCGGCUACAUAUCACAUACCCUAUGCUCUUCGAGCUGCAUAAUGGUGCACGAGAAAGGUUGACCCACGCGGGUGUAUUGGAGUUUAUCGCUGAGGAGGGGAAAAUCUAUCUGCCUUUUUGGCUCAUGCAAACCCUCCUCCUCGAACCAGGUGACCUAGUACAGGUCAAAUCGACCGAUCUUCCUCCGGGCCAGUUCAUCAAGCUUCAGGCCCAAUCAACGUCGUUUCUUGAUAUAAGCGAUCCUAAGGCUGUGCUUGAGAAUGCAUUCCGCAACUUUUCAUGUCUUACAAAGGGUGAUGUCUUCACAUUUGCCUACAAUGAUCAAGUUUAUGAGAUGGCGGUUUUGGAAACUAAGCCAGCCACCAAUUCAAAUGCCAUUUCCGUCCUCGAAACAGAUUUGGAGGUCGACUUUGCCCCUCCUGUAGGAUACGAGGAACCCCCACGCCCAAGUGGUACCAGUACUCCCCGCAGUGGCGUGAGCGCAACCAAGCUUCCGUCUGGCGGAUUGCUUCACCCCCAUGGAACCAUGGCUCAAUCAAUCAACUAUGCCGCCAUUGCGCCUGAGUCUACUGACGCUGCAGCAGGAGCAAAAGCGGUGUCGUCAAACUUCCUUAUCGGUGGACAGCGUCUGAAUGCGAAAAAGGGAAGUAAGGCUCCAACCCCGAGGCCUCAACUCCAACUCCCGGAGCCACAAACCCUCAACAUCCUCCUCCUGUCAGGCGGACCAACGGGCCAAUGCCGCUCCGGCUCCCGCCUAAUCAAUUAUUCUUUGGAUAUGCAAUCAAGCCCGUCAAAAAGCGUGACGAAAGCGGCCAGGUUGUCGAUGACGAGAAGCCCCGUUUUCAGGGAAGUGGUCAAACAUUAAGAGGAAAAAAGAAGGACACCGGAGGCUCUGCAACGCCCACCUAGUGCAACGUUCAAAGCCCAGGGAAAAAGUAACGUUGGUGAAUAGUGCCGUCAGGAGAUGAUGCGCUAGGAGAUACCUUAAAUUAUUGGCGCACAACCUGUUACAUUUCUUUCGAUGUUUCUAUUUCUUUGUCUCAGAUUACUAUGAGCAAAACAAGGACGGCUUGAUUAUAAAGCAUAGCGUG